CGGCAGAAGCGGAUGUAAAGCGGUGACACGGCUUGUGUGACCUCCGUGUAUUUCCCAAGAGCUCGUAUUUCGUAUUACCUUUGGGCAUUUCCGCCAAUGUCUCCGGUUGGCUCCGACCUUCCCCUGUAUAAACUCUUUCGAGACGUUCGCAGACAACAACGUCAAUGGACAGGCUUUCGGCGUCACUCUCAUCGACUGCCCUAACCUUUGAUCGCGACUGCUCAUAUCACUGACCCAGAAAUGGCAUACAACUUCCUCCGUACCAAGCUCUCUCUCCUACCUCACAUUUUUCAACCUACCCGCGAUGCCAUAUUCUCGUUCCUUCCAUUUAGGUACCGCUGGCGGCUUCUCGCUCUGCAACCUCUGAAUCUCCUCUCUCUACUCAUUACGUCUCCUUCAUGGCUUUUCGAUAAUUGCUCAUCCGUGCUCUACGUCCCAACGCGCAGCGGACCCAAACGAUGUCUUGUAUACCAACCACCUUCAACAGGGCAAGAGCAGGAAAGACAGGGAAGGAAGCCACGCCCUCUCCACAUCGACAUCCACGGCGGCGCCUGGAUCGGCGGCUUCCCCGAGCAUACCGCCCGCUGGUGCGCCUCCCUCGCCGUGCGCACAGGCGCCGUCGUCAUCAGCAUCUCGUACCGCUUUGCCCCUCUGCAUACGUACCCAGCCGCCCACGACGACGUCGAUGAUGUCGUGAGGUACCUCCUAAACCACGCUGCCGCCGUUGGUGCUGAUGCCAGCUUACUUACGUUGAGUGGGUCGUCGGCGGGAGGCAAUCUGGCGCUCGGUGUGGCGCAGAUGCUGCAUUCGCAAGCGGCAUCGAUGUCUGCGGCUGGUGAGAGAGGGGAGGUGGCGAGGGGUUACGUGGGGUUCUAUCCGGUGUUGGAUCUGCGCUUGAGACCGGAGGAGAAACACAAGCCUCCUAAGUUUCCCAAUACAGAUCCGCUGGCGUGGAUGACGCCCCUGUAUGACUCGUAUGCUGAGCCAACACGGAAGAGGGACGGGGAUGAUGCGAGGAUUAAUGUGGUCGUUUCGGAAAAAGAGACGCUGCCGGCGAAUAUGUUUUUUGUGGUUGCGGGGAUUGAUAUCUUGGCGUGUGAGCAAUUGGCGUUUGUGGAGAGGGUGAGGGGUGAGUUGGACAAGGAGGGAGGAAGUGAAGAGAGAUGUGUUGAGGCGAGGGUGUGGGAGGAGGGGUUUCAUGGAUGGCUCGAACUGCCGAAGUGGAUUCUCGAGAAAGAGCGAAUGGAGGCGUAUGGCAGUGCUGUGGAGUUCAUUCAGCGUGUUCACCGCAAGCACAGCUUUACGUUCUCCACUUGAAACUUCUGAUUGAUCGUUGGGAGGUCAAAGGACCUAGUACCCGUUUGUUUGGUUCUUCUUGAUCCACGCAGCGACGUUCUGCUGCUGACUCGCUACAAU